AUGUUAAUAACCUUAGGCUUGCUCCUUUGCUCCUCAGCAAAUUUGGGCACCUCUGCUCGUGCCAAUGCCAAGGCCUCGACCCCUUUUGGAAUUGUUAGCGGGGUUUGUUCAAGGAUCCUGAAGGGGUCUUCCCCUGGAAGCAUUAUGGUGUCCCAUAAGGACCUUGUGUAUGGCAUCAGUGCAUUGGCUUGUGUGCCCAUCAAGGCUAGUAACAUUGUUGUUAUUGCCAUCGUAAGAAAUGUCAUAGUUUUGGGUCUUGGGUUGGCCAUUGUUGCAACGACGAGGCUUGAUCGGCAAAGAAAAGUUGACUUCUUGAAGAAUGAAGUUGUAGAAGGAAGGAGGGAGAUAGGGUUUAUUUAUAGGUUGGACUGGGGAGUGUUUCCGGAUUAUUCUGGUGCGAAGUUUAGAGCAAUCUAG